GUGGGGGGGUGGGGGCAGAUGACAGAUGUGUACGUAUACAUGCGACAUGGAUACACGCGCGUUUCCCUCCGCCAGCUGCACGAGAUAGAUGCGAACACAGCGGCGUGUGAUUUAAACCAACAACAACAACAACAACAAAAGGGAUUAAAUUCACAUUUAGAGUUGAUUGCAGGGGCUUGUGAUGCAGCGACGCGUGUCGACGGGCUUUACUCGGAGUGAAGGGAAAUGUGCUGCGCGCCCGAGGCGUUCGCACCGCGGGGCAGCGGGUUGUUGACGGCAUCGCGCGGAGCGAGCAUGUGAUGCAUCGAGACACAACUUUGUCCGAGGGCCCGACAGACUGCGGGGCGUGUGCUCGUCAUCGCUUCCAGAAGUGCUUUUGAUUCCAAAUGCUCGUCGGGCGCUCGCCGUAGUAGUCGUCCAGUUAUCGGCGAGUAGCCUGGAGCUCGGCGCUUCAGUCAGCUCCCCGUUAGUCCCGCAGCCCCGCGCCGGUGUCAGUGAUCCGCGCCACCGACACCUCGACCCCGCCGGUGUCAGUGAUCGCGUCAUGUAGACAAACCUCCCGAAAGCUCCGGAGUUCGCGCCUGGUAAAUUGUGCGCGCGCGCGCGCGGACACACACACACACACACACACACACACACACACACACGCGCGCACGCGCGCGCGGGCAGGCCCAUCCUCCGCUCAUGCAGAUCCAGUCGACAGCGCGAUAGGGAGACAGCGGUCCGUUGGUCUGUUGACGCCGCUGCUCCGCCAGUGUCACGGGGGUGUGUUCGAAACCCCGCACGUCUCGUGUUCUUUUCCCUCACACGUGUGUCGAGGCAGCGGAUAGGCUGCGCGCUGGAGAGCGGACCGGGUCAAAAACACUUUGCAAGGCGACGUCGCCGAGAAAAGUUUCAAUGGUUUUCCGAAAGUUGCCCGGCGUGUCGGCGUCGGGCAUGGGUCUGCGCCUGUCCCAGAAGUUCGUCUUCCUGCUCUUCCUCUCGGGCCUGGUGACGCUGUGCUUCGGGGCCCUCUUCUUUCUGCCCGACUCCGUGAGGCUGAAACGCAUCUUCCUGUCCAAGACGGAGACGCAGCCGGUCACCGUCGGCUCCGGGUCCGAGAACGACGCCCGGGAGGCGCACCCGAAGAGAGCCAAGGAGCAGGAGCGCCCGCGGGCCGUGGCCUCGGCCAAGGGCGAGACGAGCACCAAGCUGAAGAGCCUGAGCCGCCCCCCGGCCGGGUCUCACGAGGCGACCGCGGCCAGAGCCCCGGAGGACCGGACCCUGCCCAGGUCCAGGACGGAGUCCGCCUCGCAGAGGGCGACCUCCGCCGCCCGCGGCGCCGCCGCCGCCCCGGAUACGUUCAGUUACCGGAGGUUCAAAGGGUGUCUGCUCAAACCCCCGCUGGGCAGCGACAGCGGCAAGCCGGGCGACCCCGCGACCACCGAGCGCCGGGAGAAGGUCAAAGAGAUGAUGAAGUUUGCCUGGGACAACUACAAGCUCUACGCCUGGGGCAAGAAUGAGCUGCGGCCUUUGACGAGAAACGGGCAUGUCGGCAACAUGUUUGGCGGCCUGAGAGGCGCAUCCAUCAUUGACUCACUGGACACACUGUAUAUAAUGGGGUUGAUGGACGAAUAUAACGACGCCAAGGAGUGGGUGAAGAGCAGCCUGGACCUAAACUCAAACGGCGAGGCAUCACUAUUUGAGGUGAACAUCCGUUACGUCGGUGGGCUGCUGUCGGCGUACUACCUGACAGGAGAGGAGCUCUUCAAGAAUAAAGCGCUGGAGCUGGGAGAGAAGCUGCUGCCUGCCUUCAACACGCCGACAGGAAUCCCCAGAGGAGUCAUCAACCUGGGGAGCAGUGGAACCAGUUGGAGCUGGGGCUGGGCCUCAGCCGGGAGCAGCAUCCUGGCUGAGUUCGGGACCCUUCACCUGGAAUUCAUCCAUCUGACCGAGCUCUCCAGCAAUCCCAUCUACACAGAGAAGGUGAUGAACAUCAGGAAGGUUCUGAACAAGAUUGAAAAACCCCACGGCCUGUAUCCCAACUUCCUCAGUCCAGUCAGCGGCAACUGGGUCCAACAUCAUGUUUCCAUCGGUGGCCUUGGGGACAGUUUCUAUGAGUACCUGAUCAAAUCAUAUCUGAUGUCAGACAAGACUGAUGACGAUGCAAAGAUGAUGUACUACAGCGCACUGGAGGCGAUUGAAGCGAACCUGGUACAGAAGUCGCCCAGUGGUCUCACCUACAUGGCCGAGUGGAGAGGCGGGAUCCUGGAUCACAAGAUGGGCCACCUGGCCUGCUUCUCCGGUGGCAUGAUUGGCAUCGGGGCUGAUGAUGGAGCUCCGGACAAGAGGCAACACUACCUGGACCUGGCUGCCGAGAUCACGCACACCUGCCAUGAAAGCUACACGCGCUCAGCCACCAAACUGGGACCUGAGGCGUUCCGAUUCGACGCUGGAGCUGAAGCCACAGCAACCAGGCUGAGCGACAGAUAUUACAUCCUACGACCAGAGGUCAUCGAGAGCUACAUGUACAUGUGGAGACUCACCCACGACCCCAAGUACAGAGAGUGGGGUUGGGAGGCUGUUGAGGCCCUGGAGGAGCACUGCCGAGUGGAGUCUGGCUUCUCUGGGAUCCGAGAUGUUUACACCAUGACGGUCGGCCACGAUAACAUGCAGCAGAGCUUCUUCCUCUCAGAGACACUCAAAUAUCUGUACCUUCUCUUCUCCGAUGACGACCUCCUCCCACUGGAGGACUGGGUCUUCAAUACAGAGGCCCACCCGCUGCCCGUCGUCCGUAAGAGCUGCCUGCAGGACGAAGCGACACAGGAUAAGACGCUCGCCGAAUGACACCGAACACAAGCCGACGACUGAGACAGUUACAGAUAAAUCUGCACUCACACACAGAGUCACAAAAUUUCAAACACCAAUUCAAUGCAGGUUCAGAAUAUUUCAGGAGAGUGUUACAGACUCUCGAUUCCUUUCCAGUAAAGGAUGUUGUCGUUUUACGCUGUGAUUGUAUAUCCUUUCGCCGGCGUUACUUCCUGCUGGCACUUCUUUUUUUGUGGACAAUCAAGACAAACAUGACUUUCAUGAAAAGAGCACCUUUUUCUUUCCUUCUUUCCUCUGUGAGGAAACCAGUAUAACUUGCGGGGAGAGGGUUGAACUAUGGGCCAUAUUGUUAGGAAGAGAGAGAAACGUAUAGAAAACCACUUGAGUUUUGCUCUUUGAUUUUUUGUUGUUUCGUUAAUCUUGAAAAUUAAUGAAUGAUUUCUUCAGAUCUUGUCGUUGCAUUUUUUCCUUUGUGAGUUCACUCUUUGACCAAAGGUUUCUUUGCAUUUCUAUUCCAUCUUUUCCAGUUAAGUGUUUUUGGUGAGAUUUGACUGAAUACAUUUUACUACGAGGAUUGAACUAUAAUGAAUAUUUGAUUAAUGUACAGACGAAUAUGAAAUGUGAUCCUUGAAAUCCACCUCCAAACUAAUGUUGAUGUCAUGUUUCCUACUGAAACAAGCUUGAAUGAUUCUUUUUAAAGUGGGGAGGUGUCAGGAAAUUGUCAGUGUCUUAUGCAUCCAGGGACCAUCUUUUUUUUUAAACGAUGUUGGGUUGUGUUUCCGCCGAAUGCUUGGGUUACUGUUUGAACCGGACAAUGCUUUCCCAAUCCUCUCAGCCUUUCAAAUCAGAGUAACAAAUGGAGAUCUGUCAGUCUUGUGACUGUGAUACAAGCUUAAUGGAAAAAGAAUGAAUUUGCCAGCGCGCUCCAAAUGGGUUUCCCUGCUUCUGUUGUAGUCUCUCUGCUUCAUCCUGCCUUUACAUGUGAAUCCAUACAGCUGCCAAUACUGAUGUUAAGGCUGUUAGACUGCGGAGACCAGUUUUCAUUUUCAUCACUGCUGUCCUGCACAGAUACAGAGCGAAUGUGCUGUACAUACAGAUGAGGUGAGUGACCCCGGUAUGAGCGCUUGUCUUGACUUUUAUUUUGUGAUUCAAAUUUUUUUUUCUCCCUUUAAACUUCAGUGGUUAUUUCUUCUGGCUUCUCUUUUGAUUUGCUUCCCUCAGGUGUUUCCGUAAGAAAAAAAGAGAAGAAAAAAAAACUAAAAAAAGUUCUGAUUUUAAGUCUAGUUAUUGCUGAUAUUAAUUAUUGUUAUUACUUAUUCUUACUGUUUGAUUUAACUUUCAUUGUUGAAUAUUUUCAAAUACUGAUAAAAAUAAUUGUGCAACUUUGUACAUUUAAAACAA